AUGUCCGGAUUUGGGUUUAGUGGCUAUGAUGAAAAUGGAGAAGCAAAAUGGGAUCUUUGCACAAAUGUUCGACCAUACCAAGUUGAGAUGGCUCAGAGUUUCAAAGAAACAUUGGACGGCUGGAAUAUUCAAACUGGUGGAUGGCUUCGACGUGUCGCAUACGAUAGGACGCCAAAGAAAAUCCGGACGUUCGCAACUUAUAUGCUAUCAGCAUUAUGGCAUGGUAUAUCAGUGGGAUACUACAUCACAUUCUCUACAGGAGCUCUCAUCACCUUAACUGGUGCCACUUUCCGUCGUUGUAUGCGACAUCGCUUCUUAGAAUGUUCAAAACAGAAAGCGGCUUACGAUGUUGUGUCAUUUGUUGCGACGAAGGUCGCCUUAGCGUAUACGACGUACGCUUUUGUGGUGAUGAAUUUGGAUCCAGCUCUUUUUGUUUACAAGUAA